GUUUGAGAUGCUGAUGUUCUUGUGUCAUUGCAGUUCAAAAUGCAGAUCUUCGUGAAGACCUUGACGGGCAAGACAAUUACCUUGGAGGUGGAGCCCAGUGACACUAUUGAGAAUGUGAAGGCCAAGAUCCAGGACAAAGAGGGCAUCCCCCCUGACCAACAGAGGCUGAUCUUUGCUGGGAAGCAGCUGGAAGAUGGCCGCACCCUCUCUGACUACAACAUCCAGAAAGAGUCCACCCUCCAUCUUGUGCUGCGCUUGAGAGGUGGCAUGCAGAUCUUCGUGAAGACCCUGACGGGCAAGACCAUCACCCUGGAGGUGGAGCCCAGUGACACCAUUGAGAACGUGAAAGCCAAGAUCCAGGACAAAGAGGGCAUCCCCCCUGACCAACAGAGGCUGAUCUUUGCUGGGAAGCAGCUGGAAGAUGGCCGCACCCUCUCUGACUACAACAUCCAGAAAGAGUCCACCCUCCAUCUUGUGCUGCGCCUAAGAGGUGGCAUGCAGAUCUUCGUGAAGACCCUGACGGGCAAGACCAUCACCCUGGAGGUGGAGCCCAGUGACACCAUUGAGAACGUGAAAGCCAAGAUCCAGGACAAAGAGGGCAUCCCCCCUGACCAACAGAGGCUGAUCUUUGCUGGGAAGCAGCUGGAAGAUGGCCGCACCCUCUCUGACUACAACAUCCAGAAGGAGUCCACCCUCCAUCUUGUGCUGCGCCUGAGAGGUGGCAUGCAAAUCUUCGUGAAGACCCUGACGGGCAAGACCAUCACCCUGGAGGUGGAGCCCAGUGACACCAUUGAGAACGUGAAGGCCAAGAUCCAGGACAAAGAGGGUAUCCCCCCUGACCAACAGAGGCUGAUCUUUGCUGGGAAGCAGCUGGAAGAUGGCCGCACCCUCUCUGACUACAACAUCCAGAAGGAGUCCACCCUCCAUCUUGUGCUGCGCCUGAGAGGUGGCAUGCAGAUCUUCGUGAAGACCCUGACGGGCAAGACCAUUACCCUGGAGGUGGAGCCCAGUGAUACCAUUGAGAACGUGAAAGCCAAGAUCCAGGACAAAGAGGGCAUCCCCCCUGACCAACAGAGGCUGAUCUUUGCUGGGAAGCAGCUGGAAGAUGGCCGCACCCUCUCUGACUACAACAUCCAGAAGGAGUCCACCCUCCAUCUUGUGCUGCGCCUGAGAGGUGGCAUGCAGAUCUUUGUGAAGACCCUGACGGGCAAGACCAUUACCCUUGAGGUGGAGCCCAGUGACACCAUUGAGAACGUGAAAGCCAAGAUCCAGGACAAAGAGGGCAUCCCCCCUGACCAACAGAGGCUGAUCUUUGCUGGGAAGCAGCUGGAAGAUGGCCGCACCCUCUCUGACUACAACAUCCAGAAGGAGUCCACCCUCCAUCUUGUGCUGCGCCUGAGAGGUGGCAUGCAGAUCUUUGUGAAGACCCUGACGGGCAAGACCAUCACCCUGGAGGUGGAGCCCAGUGACACCAUUGAGAACGUGAAAGCCAAGAUUCAGGACAAAGAGGGCAUCCCCCCUGACCAACAGAGGCUGAUCUUUGCUGGGAAGCAGCUGGAAGAUGGCCGCACCCUCUCUGACUACAACAUCCAGAAAGAGUCCACCCUCCAUCUUGUGCUGCGCCUGAGAGGUGGCAUGCAGAUCUUUGUGAAGACCCUGACGGGCAAGACCAUCACCCUGGAGGUGGAGCCCAGUGAUACCAUUGAGAAUGUGAAGGCCAAGAUCCAGGACAAAGAGGGCAUCCCCCCUGACCAACAGAGGCUGAUCUUUGCUGGGAAGCAGCUGGAAGAUGGCCGCACCCUCUCUGACUACAACAUCCAGAAGGAGUCCACCCUCCAUCUUGUGCUGCGUCUAAGGGGAGGCUGUUAAUUGGGUUUGCACCAUAAUUUUGAAGUUGCCACUAACAUUGUUUGCACUGUAGCAGUUUGUCUUAAUAUUGUAAGGUAAAUGCAAGUUUAGUAACUGCUGGACUGUUUGUGUAAAAGCUAAUAAAGUUUUGUGUUGCACAUCGCUUGAUUGUCUUGAUGAAUAAAGAGCUCUGUAACCUGGA